AUGCAGAACAGGGAGGCUAUGAGCCCGCAGGACUCCAAGGCAGCAGGGGCAGAGGCCAUGGAGGGUAACAAGGCCCAGAGCCCAAGUCAGGGGUCUAUGGAGCCCACGGCCCCGCCGCUCCCUCCCUCUUCGCCGCCGCCAACGGGACCGCCGGAAUACCCACGGCCGAGGCUGGUUUUCCACACUCAACUGGCGCACGGAAGCCCGACAGGCCGAAUCCAUGGGUUCACUAAUGUCAAGGAGCUGUACGCCAAGAUUGCUGAGGUUUUCAACAUCUCUCCCUCGGAGAUCCUCUUCUGCACCCUCAACUCCCACAAAGUGGACAUGCAGAAGCUACUAGGGGGGCAGAUUGGACUGGAGGACUUUAUCUUCGCUCACGUCCGGGGGGAGACAAAAGAGGUGGAGGUGACAAAGACGGAGGACGCGUUGGGCCUCACCAUCACAGACAAUGGAGCCGGAUAUGCAUUCAUAAAGAGGAUCAAAGAAGGGAGCACCAUAGAUCGGCUGAAGGCAGUGUGUGUUGGGGAUCACAUCGAGGCCAUCAAUGACCAGAGCAUUGUGGGAUGUCGACAUUACGAAGUGGCCAAGAUGCUGAAAGAGCAACCAAGAGGAAUUCCUUUCACUCUUCGACUGGUCGGACCCAAGAGGGCCUUCGACAUGAUUGGAAUGAGGACCAAAGCGCCGAAGUCUAAUGAAGGCAAGAUGGUCAAUGGAAGGGAGACUUUGCGUCUCCGUUCAAAAGGUUCCGCUACCGUUCAGGAAGUGCAGAGUGAGUUUGAAGAACAAGCCACCAUGAGAGUGGACGACCUGCUGGAGAGCUACAUGGGCAUCCGAGAUUUAGAGCUUGCUACCACCAUAGUUGAGGCCGGCAGAGACAAGAAGAACCCUGAUGAAUUUGCAGAAGCUUUGGACUCGGUCCUGGGAGACUUUGCUUUUCCUGACGUGUUUUUGUUUGAUGUCUGGGGAGCAAUUGGAGACGUCAAGAAUGGCAAGAUUUAGAUUUUUAUUUAAGACAGUGGACUGUGUCCUCCGGCACAUCCAAUUAUAAGAAGGCAUUGUAGCCUUCUCGUUCCUUUACAUGCAUUUUUAAUGCAUUCAUACAUGUUUAAUGCUUGCAUAUAUUUAACAUUUAUGCAAGGAUCACUUUCUUCUCAAACCAUGGCAGGGACUAAACUGAAUGUUUUGGUGUGUCGGCACAUUAUCGCUUUAGUCAACGUUUACAUUAUCAAUACAUAAUAAGAGUAAAGUUAAAGGAAAAGUACACUUUUUGGGCGAAUUUUGUCUAUCUUGUGAGACAAGAAACUAACGUCUUUUCCUUCUCUGUACGUUCUAAGUCAGGAGUGUCCAACUCAAAUACAGAGUGGGCCAAAAUUUAAAACUGAACAAAGCGGCGGGCCAAGGUUGAACAAAUUAACCUUUUAAUAGGGACCCAAAAAAGUUUUGCAUUGAAUAUUGAACAAGCAAGGCUUAUAUAACUUUAUAGUGACAUGCAAAAUCAAGUUUCAAAUAAUAAUAAUAAUAUUAAUAAUAAUAAUUCAAAAAUAUCAAUGCCAUAUCGAAUGAAAUUUAAAUAAAAAUUUAAUGCCUCUUUUUUUAUUUGCAGCCUUCUCAGGUAAAUAUCAAAAUAAACUUUUUUCACAGGCUAAAAAUAAAUUUGAAAAUAAAAUAACAAUAAUGAAUGAA